AGAGAAGGACAAGUCCCUCUGAGUCUGUUUGGCCGGGGCCUUGGGUUCUUCAAAGCUCACACUUUCUUGUUCCACGCGUCCCAAGAUUUUGUAGACACAUUAUAAAGGACAAUUCUUCACCGUCCUCAACCUUGGUGCUGAAGCUACAAUUUUCCUGCCGUGUAUGAGUGUGUGCUCGGUAGCUAUGAUAUGCCAUUUUCUUGAGACUCGAGGUGUUCUUUUGCUGUGUAGCUGUUGUACUCCACCACUAGCCAGUGCUUAAUCUUUGGUUUGAAGAUACAGUUGUUUGUCUAGAGGCAGAGGUGCAAGAACUGAAAAAAGAAACGAUUUUUAAUUCAGAAAUGUUGAAGAUGGGGUGGCUUGUCUUCAACCUCUUCCUUCUCUGUUUUCUGGGUCUUACUGGUGCAGGUCAAGAAACUAUUCAACUCCUUAACCUCUGUGAUGCAUCUCCUGAGGUUCUUCAAGCAAUGUCUCAGUCAGGUCAUCCCCUAGCGGUGUCCGUGAGUGCUGAAGACCUCAAUGGGGUUUCUAGCAGUGUUUUAAUGGCUGAGAGUUGGCUUAGGACCCAUGUUCUAGCUCACUUUCCUGCCACUAAUAUCACCACCAUUGUUGUGGGUAACGCUCUUUUAUGCCAAAAUGUCCGAGAUCGUAACUGGGGUAUGGUUCUACCAUCUCUUAAGAAUAUCUAUUACUCCCUUACUGGGUGGGGUUUGGAUAGAGAGAUCAAAGUUUCUGCUGCCUUUUCUUCUAACUGUUUUGAGUCGGAUUCUGCACUUUCCGCUCAUGAUUUGGCUGAGAAAGUUACCAAGCCCCUGAUACAGUUUCUCUAUAGUAUAAACUCCACUUACUCUAUAAAACUGCCUCCAAAUAUCUCUCCUUCAUCAGUUGAAACUGUGAGGUUGGUGUCUUCUAGCUCAGAAUUACUACAAAAUCUUGGAUCUGUUGUCCUUAACAAAAUCAAUGUGAUGGUUACUGACCCAAAACAGGAUGUACCCAAGAACAGGAAACUCUCAACCAUUGAAUCCAAGAUUGUGAACUCAUACCCUGCAAUACCAUCAUUACCAGAAUCGUCACAACCCCCACUCCACUCCUCAGUUGGAUCCUCUGUCCCUUCCAAUGUAGCCAAGAAUCCUCAUCCCCCAUUGUCCUUCCCUCGUGCCUCUCCACCACCGCUAUCCUACCCUCUUUCUGCUCCGGCCCCAAUGGACUUCCCUUUUGCUCCGGAACAGCCUCCCCUCACUGGUCCAUCCACAGCACCAUAUGGUUACUCAUUGCCUCCCUGUAAUCCAGCCAACACAAUAUCACCAGCACCAAUGGCAGGGAUUGUGCAGGAGCUCUGGUGUGUGGCUAAACCUAGUGUUCCCGCAGAGACAUUGCAGGAGGCAAUGGACUACGCUUGUGGUGAUGGUGGUGCUGAUUGUACAGGGAUUAUGCCUCAUGGUAGCUGUUUCUAUCCUGAUACUGUUGUUGCUCAUGCUUCUUACGCUUUCAACAGCUACUUUCAGAAGACUAAGAGAAAUGGGGGUACUUGCGACUUUGGAGGGACUGCCAUGCUCAUCACUUCUAACCCAAGUUUUCUUCACUGCCGCUUUAUUCUCAGCUAGGCACAGCAAUGGAAGUUGAGUUUGUUUUGGUAUAACUAGGAAAGGUAGGGUAUGAUUGUAAGAUGAAUUUAUCUACGUAACACACCUUAAUACGAGUGAUUAACCUAGCAGAUGGCGAGUAGGAAAUGGUUCCUGAGGAAAUUUUGCUGUGUUUCUUUCAGGGGCACAAAGUGGAAUUGCUCUUUUGAUUUGUAUGCUAGUGCUUUAGAUGAGAUAAAAUCCUGUUACUUCAAUCUAAUAGACAUUACUUCUGUAUUUUGAUCGUUUUCUGCCCAUUAUUUUUGUCCACUUUCGUAUGUCCAGUCCUGUCACUGGUGGCUGCUAAUAAAAAUGGUCCAAGUGCUUGCUGUUUAGCUCGUGAA